CAGUGAGCACCCCCUGCGAAGGUAGCUUCGGGCGCCAACAUGGCCGACUUACCCUCUGGUGUGGCCGAAGUCGAAGUUGAGGUGGAAACUAUGGUUGAACCUCAACAAGAGGUUCAAAUUGAGACGCAGCCCAUGAUAGCCCUUCAGCCUCUGACUGAGCCUGAGAACGAAGAAAUCGUGGUGCAAACGACGGAGGAAGUUAUCGAGGAGUCAAAACACGCCAUAGUUGAAGAAGUGUCCAUUUCCACGACGCCUUCAAGCAAACAGAGAAGAAGCAGAGGAAACAGGACUAAAGGUCUGGGAAGAUCGGGAAAGGGUCAUGUUAACUCUACUACAUCGAGUGCGUCAAACGCCUCGAACAGUGAGAGAGGGGGUGGUAAUGGAGAUACUGAACGCUCAGGUACGCGCAAAUGGGAACAAAAGCAAGUACAAAUAAAGACUCUUGAAGGCGAAUUCGCCGUGACAAUGUGGGCGUCGGAAGAGAAAAAAGCUCAACAAGAAGAGUUGAAUCAAGCUCCCGACUUCACCGAGUACAUGACAGGAAAAAAGAUCCCUCCUGGUGGCCUUCCUGGGAUUGAUUUAAGUGAUCCGAAACAGUUAGCGGAGUUUGCAAGAAUGAGGCCCAAGAAAAUGAAGGAAGAAGAGGGAGCCAGAACAAUAGCUUGUCCUCAUAAAGGUUGUACCAAGAUGUUUCGAGAUAAUUCAGCAAUGCGAAAACACUUACAUACACACGGACCACGAGUGCAUGUCUGCGCUGAAUGUGGCAAGGCGUUUGUGGAGAGUUCAAAAUUAAAGAGACAUCAGCUUGUUCAUACCGGUGAAAAACCAUUCCAGUGUACAUUUGAAGGCUGUGGCAAGAGAUUUUCUUUGGAUUUCAACCUUCGCACCCACGUUCGCAUUCACACUGGUGACAGGCCAUAUGUUUGUCCUUUCGACUCCUGUAAUAAAAGGUUUGCACAGUCGACAAACCUCAAGUCUCACAUCUUGACGCAUGCUAAAGGAGGGAAGUAAGAUGCUAUUCUCAACGACUUUGACAAAAUUGUGUACAGAUUUUCAAGGAUGGAACUUUUUUGAGUUCACUAAGGGAUCAAGUGGCCUUGGUUCGGUCAGACUUUGCUAGAAUUUCUAGAUGUGGCAUUGUACAUUUUAAACUUGUAUUCUUUCGAACAGUUCUUCCAUACUUGCCGUACACAGUCUGACACAAAUGUAACAAAUGUGACAUCCACUUGACUUCCUUCUGGUUUCCAUUGCUAGAGAAAGUUAUCUUUAGAGAUUGGAUGUUUGGGCAAGAAGGACAGUUAGUAUCAGUGUGGAACUGGUUCUUAGAGGUCAACAUAUCAACUCAACGGGAUAGAUUUUAACCUGAUCAGUCCAAGCUAGCAGGGUUUUAAUUUAUCUUUACAAGUUCAUGGGCCUUGUUGUGUCAUUUUUGUAUAGAUAUGCAGUAUUUUUUUUUCCUGUGAUGUCAUUUUCUUUCCUUGUGCCACUAAAUUGUCGGAUAUGUAUUUUAAGAUAAUAGGUUACCCAUUUAAACCAUUAAACAAACUUUGCGUAAUCGAACAUUUGUAAAAAGGAAUCCAGAAAGCACUUAUUUUAAUCAAAGGGAAAAGCCAUGGCUACUCUUUGUUUUAUUCAAGGGAAGUUCUGAGGCAGAAAUCCAAGCUUAAAAGAUCGUUUUAACGUUAUCUGACUAAUCUGGCUUAAUGUGUCUAGACUCUAGGCUGUAAUGUUGUAAGAAGUGUCCUAUGUAAAUUUGUCUACACAACAUUCAAGUUUUGCAGUUAUAAUGACAACAUGUACGUAGUUUGACCAAUCAGGCAGACAGCCCUUAAAAAGUGGAGACACUCACUUAGGACCAGAUCAGAGAUUUGAGCCAUGAAAUUUCAUACCAGUGAUCUUUGUCCUUCAUUGGUUGUUACUUAGCAGUGCAUUUUUACACACAAGAAACCAAUCAAACACUGGAACUCUUUAGUGCUUUGCCAUUAUCAUUAUGUAUUUAUUGAUUUGAAUUUCAUGUUGCUGUUAUGAAGGUUUUCUUAAUCAGGCUAUUACAUUAAUGAAACGAUAAUGUACAGGCUGUGCUCCAUCCCACUGCACAUAGUCUAUGAAGGACUUCAACUAUAACUUGCAAUAUUUUACUGAAACAUUGCCCUCAGCAAGAAUUCACUCAUUUUCCACAGGCAUUUUUCCUGAUAUGUCCUUCAUCAGUUCACACUUGAACCUUGCAUAACAGUCUUACUGCUCAUCUGGUACAAAACAGUAUGUAAUUCAGCAGUGUAGCAUGAUAAAGUAUGGCCUGAAUCUUAUUUAAUACGUUUUUAGAAGCUAAAUUAUUUACUGGUAGAAUGUACAGUGUCAAAUUGCUUAGAGUUGCCAAACUAAAUUAUGUCAAAAUGAAUCUAGGGAGACUACUUGGACCUCUUGUUUAAACAGUUGGGUCUUUGAUAUUGAAUAGGCAUCAUUGUUUCCCUUGCAGCCUUACAUUUAGGUAGGAUUCAAUAGCUGUUAUUGCUGUUGAGUUUGUGGUCAAUGUUUUAAAAGGCAUGCAAAUGAGUCGAAAGGAUCAGUACAAUGCAGAAUUGACCCUUUUGCCUCAUUUGUGUGUCAACCCGCUGAUAAAUGCAAUAACAGCUAUUAUUUCCAAGAUACAUUUCUCAUACAGCUGAUGAAAGAGUUCGAAGUUAAUUACCUAAGACAGUGAUAGUGUCAGAUUCUUGUUAUUAUACACUGUGUAACUUGCUAUAAUUGUUAUUAGCCAUGUAAAUAAACAAUUGACAUCAGGAGUUGAGAGGUUAAAGUCAUUUGGAUAUAAGUCCUUUUCAAUAUUAGAUUUUAGUAGAUUCUGUUCUAUCAUGUAUUUGUAGUUACAAGUGUUUUGUUAAAUGUAAUAGAACGGUUUUGUUCAUUGCGCGACGUCACUAGUUACAUGUUCCUGUCAUUUGAGGCAGUGUUUGCAUUGGGUGCAGUCUCAGGUUAAUGUUGUGGAAUGAGCUGCAAAAAAAGUAAAAAAAAACAACAACAACAACAAAAACUAAAAUGUUGAAAUGAUGUAAUGUAUCCCUUUUUCCGUCUUUAUGUUAUGGCAAUAUUUAUCUGAUUUCUUAGUUCCAGACGAUAAUCGAUUUUGUAACUAAGCUUCACAUGUUCAAUCCUUCCCCUGUCUGAGAGACACAUGAGUUUUGUACUGAUAGUUUUGCUCAUCAGCCGGAGGAGAUCUUUCGUGUUUUGGAUUUGUUACUUUAACAACGUAUAAGGCAACACUACAUGGAUUUUAGUGGGAGGAAUAUUUCAGCUCAAAUGUCAAAUGUCUUUUAAGCAGGGAAAAGACUUGAGCGUGAUAAAGAGAGGGGUACCAUGUGACCAAUUAUUUAUUUGAUAGAGGCUCUAAUUUUGCACCUACAGCUGUACUUCUGAUUGUUCUAAAGAGGUAUGGUUCUCAAAAAACGUACUUAGGUUAUCUUCACUUAGUAAAACCCUGACCCCAAAAAAUGAAUGUGGUUUCAGGCUGAGAUGCAUCCGUGUAUUGUAAAUGUUGCUGCAUGUUAUCUCUAGUGUGUUAAAAAAAAAUCUGUAAGCAACAAACUAUUCUUAGGCUUGCAGAUGCAUUUUAACUUGCAGUAUUCACCUUGGAAAAAGCAAAUUAAACGAACAUACAUUUACAUAA